CGCGGUGGGCGCCAUCGGCCAUGGCAGCCGCCGCCUUGCUGCGCCACUUCCCGCUGCUUCUUCCUCAGAACCGCGCGAGGACGGCGUACGAGGGGUUCAUCUCGGCUCAGGGAAAAGACUUCCACCUUAAAAUCUUGUUACCUGACAAUUUACAGAUGAAGAAUGCAAGGCUACUAUGUAGCAGGCAGCUGAAAAAUCUUCUUUAUGAAUACCAUCAAAUAGUAGAACAGAGAAUGCAGCAUUCUCCUGAUUUGAUGAGCUUUAUGAUGGAGUUGAAGAUGAUUUUGGAAGUUGCUUUAAAGAAUAGACAAGAGCUGUGUGUACAGCCUUCUCCUCCCAGGUUCUACUCAAGCCUUCUUGAAGAGAUAGGAACUCUUGGUUGGGAUAAACUUGCAUAUGUGGAUACUUGCUUCAGUACCAUUAAGUUAAAAGCGGAAGAUGCAUCUGGUAGAGCACAUCUAAUCACUGUCAAGUUGAAGGCAAAGUACCCUGUAGAGCCACCAGAGUGUGUUGUGGAUUUUCCAGUUCCAUUUUCUGUUUCCUGGACACCAGAGAGCUCCUUGAUAAGCAUUCACAGCCAGUUCGUAGCUGCACUGGAGUCACUGAAGGCAUUCUGGGAUGUUAUGGAUGAAAUUGAUGAGAAGACCUGGGUACUGGAACCAGACAAACCUACACGGAGUGCAACAGCACGCAGAAUUGUAUUAGGGAAUAAUGUCUACAUACAUGUAGAGGUUGACCCCAGGCAUCCAACUAUGCUUCCUGAGUGCUGCUUUCUUGGAGCUGACCAUGUGGUAAAACCCCUGGGAAUUAAGCUGAGCAGGAAUAUACACUUAUGGGAUCCAGAAAAUAGUCUGUUGCAAAAUCUGAGAGAUGUUUUAGAAACUGAUUUUCCAGCUCGCACAACCCUGGAGAAACUAGAUUUUACUAUGGAUUGUGGAAUUUGUUAUGCUUAUCAACUAGAUGGUGCCAUUCCUGACCAGGUGUGCGAUAAUCCUCAAUGUGGGCAGCUUUUCCAUCAAAUAUGCUUAUAUGAGUGGCUGCGAGGACUGCUCACAAGCAGACAGAGCUUUAACAUUCUAUAUGGUGAAUGUCCCUACUGUAAUAAGGCAAUUACUUUGAAAAUGUCUGGGAAGAAACCCUGAAAAGAAUGUCAUCUUUUCAUGAAGAACCAGAAACUUAAAAUCUGUCAAGGAUUUUAAUUGAUAACUUCAGAGAAAACACAGAGCAAGACAGACCAGUAUCACAAGGACAACUAUGGUGAAGCCAUAAUAGUAUACAUCUGUCUUUGUCUCUUCACUGAGAGACAACUGGGAAGCUGUCGGCCACAGUCCUGUAGAACUUUCUAGGUCUGUGAUCCCCGUCCCACUUGUGGAAGUAUAUUUAUAACAAGGUGGCCAUCUUGUCAUGUUAAUUACAUCUGAAUUUUGACAACUCAUGUAGCCAGCUUUUUGUGCAUGACUCUUUACUUCAUUCAAACAUUCUGAAGAGUCAUGAUACUCUUUUCUUCUUAUUCUCUCCUGUGAAAGAAACACAAAUAUAUUUUGUUAGAUUUGAAUUAUCCAAGUAUUUUCUUGUGUCCUUUGUAAGACUGCUAAAUAAAAUUUAACAGAGCAACCACA